AUGAAGUACUUCCAUCAAGCAUUCGUCGCUCUUGUCUAUGUCACAUUGGCAUCUUCCGCAGCAACACCAGCAUCACCUGCUGCUGGUGCAGUAGCCAUUUGUGGCGAUCUUGGCAUUCUCAAUAUUGCACCAGGAGACCUGCCUGAGGGGGUAGCACCAUCUGAGCUGCGCCUCUGCGCCGACCAUCCCAUGGGCCGUAACCGAACAUUGGAUCCUCUUGAGGGAGCAUCUCUGGCCCCAAUGGAAGAGGAGGACUUGGAUCCUGACACGACGGCUACGCCUUCUGCCGGCCUAUUUGAAGAAAGAGCUUGUUACGACAAAGCGCCUUAUGGUUGCUCUCGGGGCUAUUGCUGGAAGCAAUGUGGAGCGUCGAGGAGUGGCAAGUGGUGCUGGACUGCCUCAGCUAUGGGAGGGGUCCUUGGAGAACAUGUGACAAGUAUGAAAACUGCGGAACAAACAAGUUCACGUUUGGCUGCGGUAGUAACUGUUGGGUCUCUCGCUCAUGUGGGUGCAGCUGCUAGAGACUGGGUCCGAAGACGGAGAAUUUUGGAAUUCUGCUAUUAG